AUGGAGAUAUGGCCAGGAUUUGAAACCGCUGUACGGCACUAUGAACAAGAUGAACUAAUGCUCUGCAUCGAAAAUCGUUUCAAAAUGAUCCGUACUGAAUCUGUAUGGGAGAUUAUGUGCGCUGAAGACCUCCGUGCUCGACAUGAUCGAGCUCGUUUUCAAGCAGCGAUGGAAGAAAUCAUUGUGGGACAGACGGUAUUUGCUCGGUACAACAACAAAAUGUAUCGAAUCACUUCUAUCAGCUACGACAUGACACCACAGUCUACUUUUGCAAGAACUGACGGAACUGUUACGACUUUAAGCGAAUACUUUGAGAAACAAUACGACCUCAGCGUGCUUGUGGAUACCCAGCCGGUCUUGGUGAAUAAUUAUCUUUCAAUAUGUUUCACAGAACACAGCGAAAGGCAAAUAACAGAAUAA